CUCUCUCCCUCUCUCUCUCUCUCUCUCUAACAAGCAAAGGAUUUGCAGAAAACUCGUCAGAAGAAAUCAAUUUAGAUAAAGUAUCGCGAAGAGCGAGAAAUGGAUUCAAUUUGAUACCCUGCCAUAUAGUGAACGAAAUUGGCGAAGAUUCAGAUCCUUCUUCGAAGAGAGAUGCUCUUUUCUGCUACACAUUGCCGUUUCCUAAUACUCCCAAGCUUUUCCUACGGUGAGUUUAGGCUACAAUUCUGUACAUUUCUUUGUCCAAACUGAUUCAUGUGGCUCGGAAUUGAUGUAUUUACUUUCUCAUUUCUAUUUUAUAAUAAUCGGUUUCGGUGCGAAAAAAUUGGGGGGUUAGUUCUUCUGAAGAAAAAACUGCAUUAGGUUAUAGAUUUUUUGCUUCUUAUUUGUAUUGUUAAUUUUUUUGUUGGGAGUGUAACUAGUGGCUUAUAUGUGGAGCUCAUGCAGCCAGAGAUGGGAAGAUUGCGUUGAUCUCAAUGAUUUCGAAGUCUGUAAUCGAUAUGAUAUUGACAACACGGGACUUGUAUGUCAGUGGCCUUCAGAGGAUGUACUUGCCUAUUAUUCCAUGUCACAUAUUGGUAGCUUCAGGAACAAAAGAGUAAUUGAACUUGGAUCCGGGUACGGGUUAGCUGGCUUAGUUAUUGCUAUGGCCACCGAAGCAUCAGAAGUCGUGAUAUCAGAUGGAAACCCUCAAGUCGUUGAUUAUAUACAGCGUAACGUAGAUGCGAACUCUGCUUCGUUUGGCAGUACAAAGGUGAAGUCAAUGACACUUCAUUGGGAUCAGCAUCAAGUCUCCGAUAUUUCCGGCGCAUUUGACGUCAUAAUUGCGAGUGACUGCACUUUCUUUAAGGAAUUCCACAAAAGCCUGGCUCGAACAAUCAGAUGCUUGCUGAAAGAAAGUGGUCCAUCUGAAGCAAUACUUUUUGGCCCCAAAAGAGGCGAUUCGUUAGAUAAGUUUCUGGUGGAAGUUAAGGAGAGUGGGCUGCAAUUCACCGUAACUGAGGCCUACGAUACAGAAAUUUGGAGACAGCAUAAAAAUUUAAUCGACGGUGGUGAUCGCUCCUGGCCCAACUACGAACAAGAUCACUGUUACCCUUUACUGGUCAGGAUUACACGGUGAACUUUCUAUACUCCAAUUUCGGCCAUUUCUUGUUUUUGAUUCUUUUUCAAGAUAGACUCAUC